GUAGAAAUAAAUAUACUAGACAUCUCUAAUUUUGGAAAUAAAUUGAUCCAAUUUAGAAGGAUGGGAGAGUCCACUAGGCAUAAAUUGGUUAAAUGUAAUCAUGUGAAUGAUAUCCAGAGUGUAUGGCGUGUUAAAUUAAGUAACAAACACGCGGUUAAUUCCGCAUCAAAUGCAUUCUGUCCAUUUAUAUUUAGAAAAGUUUUAAUAGUCAUGGAUAUAUAUGAACAAUAAAAUUAAAAGGAAUACAACACAACGUUUAUAAAACGCAUACAUGCAUAUAAGAACGAUGUCGCACAAAAACUCGGGCCAUAUCGAUCGCUAUUGGUUAUCGAUGACAAUAAAUGUCUACCGUUCUGUCACCAGCUUCAGGCAUUUGCUGUUUUGCAGGACGACUCUUGCUGCAGUUUCCAAUUUACGUGACUGUGGAUCAAAGGCACUCGCUGAAAUCUGCUGUGCGAACUAAUUGCAAGUGUUAAUUCAAUUGAUUUAUCUACUUUCAGCAAUUAGCGCAAUGCCUGACGGGUGCCCAGUGCAAGAUUAGUUUAUCUUUCAUAUUUGCUUAGUUUGUGAUAUAGUUAAACGAAAGGAAGCUGUUACAUUAAAAUGCACUGGUAGCAAAGAAAUCAUACUUCAAGAAGUGUCAAUGGCGCCAUCAAUUUUCAAGAGGCUUCCGCUUUGGGGAUGCUCGUAUCCAGCAAUUUUGGCGGAUGUUGUGUUUUUCUUGUACAAGAGUGGAGAAUCAAUGCUAGACGCGUCCACGCGACCAUAUAUUGUCAAAGUCGUCUGCCACAAAAAUUUUCAAGCCAACGACUCACUAUGCAAGAAUCUGGACAUGUUUCCGGAAGUUGAGGACAAAGUCCAAGCAGAAGCUGGAACUUAUUUAAUCUACUACCGAAUACUUGUUAAUUUUCCCGCUAUUUUUCUGGGACUAUUUUGCGGCGCAUGGAGCGAUAAAUAUGGCCGAAAAAUUCCAAUGAUUCUUCCGAGUCUUGGUAGUGUAUUUUCUGUAUUGUUCUACAUGAUGAGUCUUUCUUCAAUCGACAAUGCUAUCGUUUUUGUUCUGCUGGGCGCAUUCAUACAGGGCUCAUUUGGAAAGAGCUCUCUAAUUACAAUGGCGGUGAACAGCUACGCGUCCGAUAUUACAGACAAGGACGAUAGGACGAGAAAACUUGGCAAAUUAUUAGCUAUGAACUUUUUUGGAUUAUUUGUCGGGGCUCUGUUAUCCGGUCUUUUUCAAGACUUAUCCGAUUUACCAGCGUCAUUCUGUACCAUUAUAUUCAUCCACGCUUCCGUCGUAUUAAUAUCUAUCAUAGCAAUCCCGGAAACGGUUCAAUUGCUACCAGAGCGCGACGACGGUUUGGAUAUUCGCGCAAACAGAACAAGGUGUUGUUCAAUGUUUAGCAACAUGAAAGAGUCCGUUUGCGUUAUAACCAAGAACAGACUGCACAACAGUCGAAAGGUAAUUUUAGUUCUAUUUCUAAUAGCCCUUAUGAAUCAGACAUGCAAAGUUGGGGAGACUGAUAUAACGCUAUUGUUUGUUACAAGAAGUCCUCUUAAUUGGCCAAAGUCGUGGUACGGAUAUUUAAUGUCCAUCGAUUACGCCGUUAUGGGCAUUUGUCUAAUUGUCGUUCUACCGAUUUUGUCAAAUGUUCUUCGUUUACCCGACGCUGCAAUCGUAAUUAUUGGACUCGUGUGCAAAAUUAUUCGACUGUUUUGGGCGGGAUUUAUCCAAGAAUCAUGGAUGGUGUACGUGUCUGUUGUGAUUGGGUCGUUUGCCGGAAUGAUCACAUCCUCCAUACGCUCCGUCAUAAGCAAAGCCGUCGACGAAAACGAACAGGGUAAAGUCUUUUCGCUUUUGGCAUGCGCGGAGACAGCAUCAAAGCUCUUGGGAACGCUGAUAUUCGUGUCGAUGUACGGCGCCACUGCGUAUUUCUUCCCCGGGUUCACUUUCAUCAUAGAAGCCAUCCUGUACAUCGUGAUGACAGUGAUCGUACUGCUCAUCUACAGAGACAUGAAGAAGGUGGGCACUCUGGACCUUCUGCUGGCCUUCACUGACCAUCCUUUGUACGGCCAAGAUAAGAUCGGCCUCGUUGGUAUAGCACCUCUGGAGGUGGUUGACGAAUUGGAAGAAGACAUUUUCGUACCACAACCUAUCCCAUCCCCAUACGCCGUGACGUCAUUGUGACGUCAUUGUAACGUCAUGUGUAUUGGGACACUUUGAUCAAAUAGACUGGAAAUGUCGGUCUACCACGUACAAAAAAGACAUCGAAUAAAAAAAAUAAACAUUUUGUUCGAUAUUAAUAAUUGUUGAAGCCUGUGUGAAGAAAUAAUAUAACAAUAUAUCAACUUAUGUAUACAUUGUUUUUCAAUCUCAUCCGAGCGAUGAUCUUCUUCAACUUCAUCUGAUACAGCACUCCUUCUAAGAGUGUGUGCCGGCGCCUUUUGUUAAGGGCUAAAACUGUAAAAAUGUGCUCCGUUGGGUGGUUAUUUAAAAUUAUUUAAAUUGUAAGUGUCUACGUGGGGAUAAGUGGGAAAGUGGUGACCACAGGAGUCAGGGUUUUGAAGACUUCUACUGUGGCUGCCUCGUGUUUAUGGGGAGGUAGUAAAUAACAUUGCAUUACUGGGGUCGUAUUUCAGAAGCAUGUUAAGUUAAAUUUUAUUCUUAUCCUUAAAUUGGUAAUUUUUCUUAAGUGUUUCAUUUUCUAUUGCAAUAGUUUUGCAUCAAGAAUUACAUCAAAAUAACAUCAUUAUGUCAAUGUUAUUUUAUUAUUACCAAAAGAAUCAUGUGAUUCCUUAUCUCGUAAAGAAAUACAAAAUAUUGUAAUUUUGAACUUCAGUGAAAUUAUUUAAGAACUGACUUAAGAUGUUUCUGAAAUACCAACCCAGAUUCUGGGUAGAAAAAGGAUUUCAAGUUAUAUGAGUCUUUUGAGGUUUGUAUGUGUCUUAAGCAAUGGUUAUCGCUGAGUCUGGAUCGGCAGUCGACAGGAACAAGGUUAUUAUCUGGAGUAGUGAUGGCAACAACUGUGUAUGUUGGAUAAUUUUGUAUUACAUGGUGUGACAGAAUGUAUUCUGCGUGUUUCAAGUGUGGACAAAUUUAGGGUGUCUUUCAUAUUAGUUACUGAGCUUGAGUUGUGAUGUUAGUUACGAAUCUGGCUGCACGUCAUUGUUCUUUUUCCAUGUUUUUUUAGCUUUUGUCUGUUAGUUCCAGACAUUAGAGGAGUAUUCUAAUUUAGGCCUAAGUAUUGCUUUGUGUCUGCUGUCAACGUAGUUCUUCUUAAUUACUAAGACAAUCAAAAGCCAUCAUUGAAUUGUCGAUUAGCGACAUAACAUGUGUGUAUGUGGCGUUUUUCAGUUCUGCUUUAUAUGCCAUUUACGUAAUAGGUGGUUUAUUAAAAAGUAUCAAAUCGGGGACACAUAAAGGGUCAACUAUUAUAACUUAGUAUAUCUUAAUGAAUGUAUAUCUACUUUUGGGUUAAAAAAAGUUCACGUGGUUCUUACAAUUUAGCAAUUGAUAAAAUGUAUCGAUGUAUUUUCUUUUAUUCAUGUAUGGGUGUAAGAAAAUAUUGUUUGAAUAUUUUUACUUAUAGACCUAUUUGUGUAUGUUAGUUAAA